AUGGGAACAGUUCAAUUUAACAACGAAUUCGGGGAGACCUCCGAAAAAAAUGCCCGUUUUGAUAAUACGGCAGAUCGAACCACUGGCAAGAAAGGUGUGGAAUCUGAACCGGAAAUUUACUUGCUAAUCUCUCAUGGCGGUAGGAAGCAUGACUCUCGUGGUGGACGAAGGAUUGGUUUAUUUGGGCCAUUCGGACCUCGUGGCGGACCACGUAGAAUUGGUCACCCGCGUGAAAGACAUGACAAAAUUGAUGUGCGCCGUGGUCCUCCACAUGCUCGUGAACUUAGACGUGAGCCUCACUUUAUGCACAAUCCCGAAAAGGAAGAAUUCACCGACGGACGCGGUUAUGAUUCUCGCAGAGGUAGAUUUUGCCCUGUCCCACAUGAAAAGCGUGAACCUACUUUAGAAACUGGUUCUGAAUUUCAUCGUGAACCCAGACACCAUGGUUUUGGUCCUCGUGAACACAGACCUCGCGGUAGAUUUGAGACCGAAGAACGCAUUCGUUCCCCUUAUCAUCACCUCUCUCGAGGACAUGGACGCGGACCUCGAGGUGGUCCUCGUGGUAGAUUUGAAACUGAAGAACGUAUUCAUCCCCCUUAUCAUCAUGUUCCUCGUAGUAAAUUCGAAGCAGACGAAAACCACGAACGCGGUACUCCAUCUCACAGGCAUGGUUACAGACCUCAUGGCAAAUUACAUGACUCUCGCGAAAGGUUUGAGACUGAAAGACAUGUGAAGGGAUUUCACGGAAAAUCCUUCCCUAGACCCUACGAAUAUGGAGGUAGAAACGACGGGCCUCACGUUGGCUCGCCUUCUCGAGAGCAUGGACACGGUCCCCGCGGUAAAUUUGAGAGGGAAUUGGGAUAUCACUCCGACCACUCUGAUCAUCAUAGACAUGGACCUGGUCUUCGUGAUAGAUUUGAACACAAUAGGCACGGCUCCGAUCAUGGUUAUGAAUCGGAUCAUUCGAUUAAAGGUCGUCAUCGCGGUGGUCGUAAGUCUGAAAAUGAUAGGCGCGAAUCCGACUCAGAAUGCGAGUCGAACUGCAAAAGCAAUAUUUUUGAACACCGUCGUGACAGUCAUAGGUUUGAUCACGGUAGGCACGAAGUUGAUUCACAACAUCACUCGAAUCAUAUUCUUAGAAGUCAUCGUGGUGGCUUUGACCCUCGAAGAAAGCGUAGGUUAAGCAGAGAUGAACCGCGUUUACAUCGUUAUGCACGUGGACACAGACACGGUAUAUUCCGAAGUCGCCCCUUCCCUCAUCAUCAAAAUAGGCUGCUAACUCCCGAGGAACUUGCUAAAAACGUUGGACUCCUGAAUUUGAUGGGUUUCACUUCCGAAGAUAAUUCUCACUACGAAGAAUUAUUAAAAAAGUAUAAUGGAAGAAUUGGUCGUGUGGUUGAUAUCUUGCUCUGGGAGCAGAAAAAAAAAAGAGAUGAUGAAAGAAGGGAUGAGGAUGAUGACGAAGGAAAAGAGGAUGGUGAUGAAGGAAAGGAGGAUCGUGACGAAAGGGAAAGAGAGGAUGAAGAGGAUGGAGAUCAUGACGACAACCAAGAUGACUAUGACGUUGUUGAGAAGGAAUCCGACAAACAAUCUUAA